AUGAGGCUAAGAUGAAUACACUUUCUACUUAUGUCCUUAAUAAAGAAUAUCCUUUACUUCCAAACUGUACUUGGAAUCCUAGCCAAUAUGUGCCUCCUUUUUUUCUACACUUUCAUAAUCCUAGUUCAUAGAUUUAAGCCCAUUGACCUGAUCUCCUGUCAACUGACCUUCAUCCACAUAAUGAUGUUCCUCACUGGAGGGGACCUUUGGCUUUCAGAAGUAUUAGAUUCACUGAACUUUGAGAAUGACUUCAAAUGUAAGACAACUUUUUACAUAAGCAGGGUGAUGAGAGGCCUCUCCAUCUGCAUCACCUGCCUCCAGAGUGUGUUCCAGGCUGUCACUAUCAGUCCUAGAACCUCUUUGUUGGCAAAAUUUAAACAUAAACUAAAAAAAUAUAUGAUUUAUGCUUUCUUACUUAUUUGGUCUUUCAACUUGUCAUUUGGUAGCAACCGGAUCUUCUUUGUUGGUGCUUUUACAAACACGAGUGAGACCAACCAGAUGAAGGUCACCAAAUAUUGCUCACUCCCUCACAUGAAGUACAUCAUCAGGGCACUGAUUUUAACAGUGACAGUCUUCAGAGAUGUCUUUCUUGUAGGAGUUAUGUUGACCACAAGUGCAUACAUGGUGAUUAUCUUGUUCAGACAUCAGAGGCAAUGCAAGCAUCUUCACAGCAUCAGCCACAUGAGAGUGUCCCCUGAGAAGAGGGCCACCCAGACCAUCUUGCUGCUGGUGGUUUUCUUUGUGGUCAUGUACUGGGUGGACUUCAUCAUCUCAUUCACCUCAGUCCAGUUAUGGAUGUACGAUCCGGUCAUCCUGACUGUUCAGAAGUUUAUGAUGAGUGCCUAUCCCACAAUUACUCCUUUGGUACAAAUCAGUUCUGAUAACAGAAUAAUCAAUAUGCUCAAAAACUUGUGGUCAAUGUGCCACCCAAUUUCUUAA